GCCCAUUUCCCUCCAGAUUUUUUAGGCUAAAAAACCACUAGAAAAUCAUAAUCCCUCCAAAGUCCGCCGUAUUUCCAUUUUCCCUCCAUUUCAACGCUAAAUCCACACCGAAAAUGGGGUCUCGUAAGCACUGGCGUUAUUGAGAUCUAGGGUACUGGAGUUGGAGAAAUGCUAUCGAGAAGACAACAUCAGAUGUGUGAAUCUGUGUAGAUGGGAGCUAGGAGUUGCAUUUACUGGUUUUAGUUAUUCGCUAGGUGAGGGAUGAGAUGUGAAAUAGAAAAGGAGGAGAAAAUUUGUGCACUUUAAUCUUUUUCCUUCUCGUGCUCAUUGAUAAAGAAAAGAGGAAGUGAAAUAUGGAUAUGGAACAUCUAGGACUGCGAAGUACUGGAGGUGCGGAAGCAGUACUUGGCCUCCAACCCAACUCAACAAUGUCUAUUGCUUAUCACUCCCUUUUUGGUUCCCACAAUGACAUAACACUCCUCGAAAUUGACGAAACUCUCAUCCCCGAUAUCCUUCAGCAAAGAGUAACUAUAAGAGGACAGCCUGAUGAAGAUGCAGUUCUUUGUACUCAGUCAAAAACCUAUGCCCUUAAAUAUGUGGGGACAUCCAACUCUGUAUUACUUAUACCUCCUUCAGAUAAAGCUGUGAAAGAAUGUAAUGAUAUAACCAUACCGGUUGCAGCGGUUUUCAAAGUUGCACCAGGCAUUAUGGAAGUUGUUGAGGUUGCACCUAAAUUAGAUAAACUUAAAUUUCUCCUCUCCCAAAAUCCUUAUAGUUUUGACGAGGCUUCAGACAUGGAUAUCUCUCAUGAGAGAAUGAAUACAGGCUUAUACAGCUGGGACAAUCUUGUCGACGAGGUACAAGCUAGCAAUGAGGAACUAAGGUCUGGACUACAAGCCCUUUCAGCCGUUGAAAUUUAUGGAUACUGGCGAGUUUUGGAUGACAAAUACAUGGAUAUGAUUCUGAACAUUCUUCUGCAUGACGUAAUAUUGAAUGAUUGGUCCUUUAAUGCACUUAAUGAAGAUGAAGUUCUGCGUGCAUUAGAAACAGAUGGGUUUCCUUGCAAUAUUGCAAUGCAUUGCCUGAAAGUCUAUGGUAAUAAGGUGGAAGAGCAUGUUGGUGGAAGUUGUGUGUGGCAGUUGGAGGAGAGGCGCAUUUGUGUGCACUUUGCAAGAGAAAUCUUGAAAAGCGGUAAGAUGAAAGUGGAAAAAUUUAUGGCAGAAUGGAUACGAAAGGUUCCUGAUGGUAUGCAUGCAAGUUUUGACAUGUUGGAAGGGGAAGUUCUAACAGAAAAGCUAGGGAUAGAGACUCUAAUUUACCAUUUCAGCGUAUCCUCACUCCCGUCAACCCCUGCUGAGCGUUUUAAAAUACUAUUCCGGGAGAGGCAAAAGUGGGAAUGGAAGGAUCUACAGCCAUAUGUCAGGGAUCUAAGAGUGCCAGGACUUUCUGCAGAAGCUAUACUUCUCAAAUAUACUCGGAGAACUCAGCCAACUGUCGACGCCGAACCUAUUUUCAGUGCAAGAUAGUCGUCUCGUAUAUUACGUCUAUUUUGUAAGUUAAUAUUUGUUCGUGUGGAAAUCAGAAGCUUUUGUGUUAAAAUAUAUUAUUCUACAUGAAGUUAAGAACUGUUGGCUUAUAUUUCAUUUUAUUUGGUCGAUCGAAGUAAUAAACAAGUUUGUAAUAAAAUGCAGUUUUUACAAGAAAAGAAAGGAAUCACAAA